AUGGCAGCCGCAGCGGGCAGGCCGGAGGUGUGCAGGGAUUUCCUUAAGACCGGGUGUCGAGGAGGCGUGGGAGGGUUCCAGGAUCCCUUUUUCACCCGCGACCCACACCGGACCACGUUUCUGACGCAAAUCGCAACCCCCCGCUCGCCUCACCCCCUCCAACAGGGUGCAUGCUUUCGCGAUAACUGCCGCUACGCGCACAGCAGCCAGGACGGCUCGCAACCCGCAGCGCAGGCGAAUCAGCCCAUAUGUCGCGACUUCCAGAACGGAAGGUGCUUCCGCGCAAGUUGCCGAUUCUAUCACGGCACCGCCGCGGAACUCGCCGCCGCUCAGGCUGCCGCCGCUGUCGGUGUCAGCGCCGCCACCUUCGCCGCGCUCGGUGGCCAGCAACUGCUCAUGCCCCAGGUUGACGGCAUCAACGCGCUGCAGCGAGCCAUGAGCCUGCCAGUCAACGUCCAGCGCUCCGGCUCCUUCGACGGUCACAACAGCUACGACGCGCAGCUGCUCGCAAGUCUGGACCCCACCACCGCCGCCGCGCUCCUCGCGGCCAACGGUAACGGGUUUCACAGCUGGAACGGCACCCCGAACGGGGUGUCUUCGCCGCUGGGCGGGAACACGUCAGCGGCGGCGGCGGCGGCGGCACUGCUCGCCGCGGCAGGUGGUUCCCCCAGCGGCGCGGGUAACAUCGCCUCCCUGCUCGCCAUACAGUCCGCACAGCUCCAGCAGCAGCAGAACAAGGCGAAUGGCGCUGAUACGACCGGCCAGUGGGUGGCCAUUCAGCAGCAACUUCAGCAGCUUCAGCAGCAGCAACAGCAGCAGGGCAACAACGGAGUCCCCGCCCCGGGGCUGCUCAGCCGAUCGCUCGGAGAUCAUUCUAAGCUGAACGGCUACAUUAACGGAAACGGACAUCUCAAUGGCCAUGGCAACGACCACACGAAUGGGGGCUUCGACGCGGCGAGGCGCGCCAGCGUCGACAUCGGCGCUAUGAGCACGCUGGCAAACGGCGCUGCCAAGAUGGAGGUGUUCAAUUCCAUCAUCAACGGAAGGUCAAGCCUGGAUCUCGGCGCGGAUCUCAGGCACGGGGUGAACGGCAACGGUCACACCAACGGCGGCUAUCCCAUCAAUGGCAACGGCAACGGGCACAUCAACGGUGGCUAUCCCAUCAAUGGCAACGGCAGCAGCAACGGCUUGGCCAACGGCGGUAGCCUCAGUUCAACCGGCGGUCUCUGGAGCUUCGACGGCGAAGGCGGCAGCCCGCUCGCCAGCCGCAGGACCUCGUUUGACCCGGGAAGCCGCAGGACCUCGAUGGGAGACGUCGGCGUCGGUCGAUCCCGGCUGAGCCUGGACGGGAUUGGCGGGGGCUACGGCGGGAUGUGGUCCGAGGACAGGUCUGGGGUGCUGAACCGGGGUUCGCCGCGCCAGAGCCUCAGCCUCGACAUACUGCCAGAACACGUCAGCAACAACAACGGUAUCCCCGCGAAGCUCACUUCGGGACUUUCAGUGAACGGUGGCACCAUUGGCUCUUCCUUCGGCUCGGGGGAUGAGUCAAAGCUGCCCGCGACCCUGAUGGAGCAGCCCGCAAAAGGCAACUACAGCCUUUUCUAG